AAGUGUGUUAGGAAGAGUAGAUUUGUCAGCUAGAUCAUUUAUGGGUGUGGAUUGGAGCCGUUGAAUAUGGGUUGAUGGUUAAUUAAUCUUAUUCCGGGCGAGGUCUGCAGUCCGUAGUCCGUAGAGAGGCGACAGGAGAUCUUCCGUAGACCGUGGCGUCAUCGUCUGUCGUCGCGAAGACGUCAUCGAGUCGACUCGGUCGGGCCGAAGGUUUUUUUAACGCAACGUCAAAAAGUAAAAGUCGGUCGGUGGUCUCGCGUUUCGACGGAGAUAGAGCAAGGUGGAAAAUCGUUUUCGGCCGAUUCUCCCGUAUCGGAUGGUAGUCCAGCCUCAACGGUUGACCCGGCCUCGCCUUUUCUAUCAACCGCGGCCAUCUUUCCCACUCCCGUUCGCGACAAAUCCGUGGAAAGUGUUUCCCUCGAGGAAAAAAACCAACCUAGAUUUUUUUUAACACGGGCUAUUUUUACACUCCGAGUUUGAAAUCGCUUCCAUGGUCUCUGCCGACUGUUAGCCUUUUUAAAUUUUCCACGGGCCCGUCAGCCGACGACAUGCGCCUCUUCCAAAUCGCACUACUCGCCCUGGGCGUUUUCACGACGGACAGUCAACAAUUGACCAAAGACAGGAAAGAAGCCAACACUCAAAACUUCAGAGAGUCGGCCAACAGCAAUUUGCCAGCGUCUUCCAGGUCUCUGACCAGGAGCUACUCCGUACUCGACGGGGUCCACAAUCAGUCUCCCCCUAAAAUAAGCUCAGGUCCCGGAGAGUAUUGUUAUGACGACCUAUCUUGCUCUAUGAUCUCGCCAAAUGAUCGAGUCGGUUUAGAAGCCAUUCGAUCACUACACCGUCAGCUUGAUGAUGAUGCCAACGGUGCUGUCGAUUUAUCGGAAUCGGACGAUUUCCUCCGAGAGGAAUUGCAAUAUGAAAGCGGUUCUGAGAGAAGACAGAAAGCAUUCCAUCGCAAUGAUGAUAUGCACAUUUCUGUCAAAGAACUUUGGGAAGCAUGGGUUAAAUCUGAGGUCCAUAAUUGGACAGUUGAGCAGACUGUUGAAUGGCUCUCUGUGGGUGUCGGUCUUCCUCAGUAUGCUCAAACUUUUAUUUCCAAUACAGUAAACGGUGCUACUUUACCAAGACUGGCUGUAAGCAAUAUGCAGUAUCUUAGCAAUGUUUUGGGUAUUAAAGAUCCGAUUCAUAAGCAAAAGAUAGCCUUGAAAGCUAUGGAUGUGGUCCUUUUUGGACCUCCUAAAGAAGCGACUAGUUACAUUAAGGAUAUUAUCAUGGUUAAUCUUCUCCUGGGCGCUUUGUUCGGGUUCUGGUAUGCCUAUAGGAUGAGCAAACAUUCUAACAUGAAUCUUAAAAGGAUGAUGAAAGAUAUGGAAAGCCUCCACAACGCUGAAAUGGCUUUGGAGAAUCUACAGAAACAAUUGGAACGAGCAAGGCAAGAACAAGAAUGUGCAACAACAGAAAAACAAUUUUUAGAACAAAAGCUGUUAGAACAACGAGGUGAUAAUUUAGAAUUAAAAACAUCUUACUCAGACCUCGAGGUCGCCGAGCUGAAGGCAGAAAACGAGAGGUUGAGAUCGGAGCUGCAACGCGCUGAAGGUGAAUUAGAAGAUAAAUGUUGGUCCCCGCCUAGCGGUUUACAACAAUGGCUUCAAUUGUCACAUGAAAUUGAAAAUAAAGCUUAUAUCAAGAAAAGAUUAUCGGCUGAAAAGCAACUUCAGUCUGCCCGUGAUGCAUGCGAAAAGCUGAGGAAAAAAAGAUCUAGCUUGGUUGGAGCUUUUGUAUCCACACAUGGUAAAUCGAUUGACGAGGUAGAUAAAAGCAUUGUGGAAGCAAGGACUUUGCUGAACGAAGUAACACAAGAACUUGCAGAGAGAGUAGGGAGAUGGAAAAAAAUUGAAAAUCUUUGUGGCUUUAACAUUAUUAAUAAUCGUGGACUUGCAGUUUUGGAAGCUGAACUUUAUAAAGGUUCUAAUGGUCGUGGAUUUAGUAUGAAAAGCAGAAUGAGUAGCCAAGAUGAUCUUGAUGAAGACAAUGGCAUUUUUUCUUCAUCAGACAGGCUUGCUUUUGAAAGCGGAGCCACUGGUGCUGAUUCAUCUGGAAGCGAAAAAUUAGAAGGGGACGAUGAUUCAAUCUGCCCUAGCAAUUUGGAAAGCAGCGUUGUCGAUUUUGCAGUUGGUGGUGGCGAUUUCGGUGAUGAAAUUUUUUCAAGAAGUAGGAAGUCUUCAACCCUUAGCCACAGAGAUAAAUUCAGCGCCCACUCGUACAGUCAAGAAUUCCAAAAUGAACACGAGGCUCCAUUGCAAGUUAAGUCGUCGCAAUCGGACACAAAUUUAGAAUCGCCUGUGAUGCCUGUCAUCCAAACAAGGCAAAAAAGAUUGGGAAGCCAAAAGGUCGAUUUGCAUUCUUCAUCCGGGAUGCCAUUGGAAGAGGAAUGCUAUUCGACAGAUUCCAAUUCGACUGCUGCAGAAGAUAUUAGCUCAUCCGAGAAACACUUUAAAAAGAGUAAACUUCGUUUUCCCAAGUUUACACGGAAAUCAAGGCAUACACCUCCUCCUGAAAAGCAUACCUGAUGAAUAAUUUAGACAGUUUUCGGCAUAAGGUCGUUCUCCUUUUUAAGGGUUUUUUUUUUCUUUGAGCAAAAGGCUCUGUGUCUUUUAGUUUCCUUAGGAAUAUACACAAUCUGCCUUUGGCCUAACAAAAAGCAAAGUGAUAUCCGAGGUCAUCGAGAUCUUUCCUUUUAUCACCAACGUAGGGUCUUACUUCAUCAUCGUUUAACUUUUACAGUUAGGUAAUUCUAUCCUUUAAUAAUAGGGUAAACAUUUGCUUUCCAGUUUUAUAUUAUAAAACAGAAAACUUAAGAAUCAAUUUAACUUUGUGCCUUACUUAAAAGAAAAAAAUGUAUUUGUCAAAUUGCUUCUUUUUAACGUUAAUUUGUUUUAAAAAAAUCACCCUUCUAACCCAAGAAAGAUCAGCCUUGAUGUAGUGGAAUUCACCAAUGGAUUGUUAAGCCCACAUCCAUUAGCUUAUUUUGUAGAUACAUAAUUAUAUGGAAUAAUUGGUAAUCCCUCGAAGCUGUUUUUGAGGUUUUUUCCUUUUAUAUAUAUAGGUUUAAUAUUUACAACUUCGAUAUGAAAUUAGGUGGAACAUUUUUUUUUUAGUUUUAUAACUUAUAUUUUUUCAUUCUUAAGGAAGCCAUCAUUCAUAUUGACAUUGGUGUGAGCCCCAUCGUAAUGAUUCGGAGAGUAGAAAUUUUUAUAAGUCCAUAAUAUUUUUUUAAAUAUUUAAAUUGGUUAGUGCACAAUAUGUGUUUUUGUUGGCAAUGAAAAGACAAUGAAAACAUUUUUUUAAAAAACUCAAAAUUUACCUUCUUGGUAGUAGAAUUUAACAAUUUUUUUUUCUUUAGGGGGGGGGUUGUUACUAACUUAUUAAUGAUUAAAUCUUACAUACCUAACCCAAGAAGUGUAUAAAUAAAAUGGCUGAAUGAAAUGAAAAGCGUUACUAAAAAAAA